AUGGUUCAAGCCGAAUCUUCGUCAAGUGCUGCUCGCGCUGGCCUCAAGCCCGUCACAGCGGGGUCACCCCCUGAUUAUGAGCUGCCGUGGGUUGAAAAAUACCGCCCAGUCUUUCUCGAUGAUGUUGUCGGCAACACGGAGACUAUUGAACGACUGAAAAUUAUCGCGAAGGAUGGCAAUAUGCCACACGUCAUUAUCUCAGGCAUGCCUGGUAUCGGAAAGACCACAUCUAUUUUAUGCCUAGCACGUCAAUUACUAGGUGAUGCGUAUAAGGAAGCCGUGUUGGAAUUGAAUGCCAGUGAUGAGAGAGGUAUUGAUGUCGUUCGGAACCGAAUUAAAGGAUUUGCCCAAAAGAAAGUCACACUGCCACCUGGUCGUCAUAAGAUAAUUAUCCUUGAUGAAGCAGACAGUAUGACGCCAGGUGCUCAGCAGGCGUUGCGGCGCACCAUGGAGAUCUACUCUUCUACUACGCGAUUUGCCUUUGCAUGUAACCAAUCGAACAAAAUCAUAGAGCCCAUCCAGUCUCGAUGCGCCAUUCUCCGCUAUGCUCGGUUGACCGAUGGGCAGGUUGUCAAACGACUAAAACAGGUCUGCGAUGCCGAAAAGGUGGAACACACAGAAGACGGAAUUGCGGCCCUGGUGUUUAGCGCGGAAGGAGACAUGCGCCAGGCCAUUAACAAUUUGCAAAGUACAUGGUCAGGCUUCGGCUUUGUCAGCGGCGAUAAUGUCUUUCGAGUUGUCGACAGUCCCCAUCCUAUCAAAGUCCAAGCGAUGAUCAAGGCCUGCUGGGAAGGGAAAGUAGAUGCCGCCUUAGAAACACUAAACGAGCUAUGGGACUUGGGUUACUCUUCCCAUGACAUCAUUAGCACAAUGUUCCGAGUCACAAAGACGAUCCAGACAUUAUCGGAACAUUCUAAACUAGAGUUCAUCCGGGAAAUAGGCUUUACACAUAUGCGCAUCCUAGACGGUGUGCAGUCGUUGCUCCAAUUGAGCGGCUGUAUUGCGAAGCUUUGCAAGAUUAACAUGAAGCCUCAGCUGUUUGAAACCCCAAGAACGUGA